UGCGUGUGCCCCGUUUUUGGGGGGGUGGGAUGCCUGGAGCAGAGUUUCGCCUUUCUCCCUCCAUGCUGAAGAACGGAGCCUUUUCAGCCAUGCAGGAGCUUUUGCGCAGGUUAUAUAAGAUUCUCCCCUACCUUGUGGAGGACUCUGGAGUUGCCCAUCGAAUGUUCGGUGGAAGAACACGAAUAACCUGGAUAUGGUGCCAAAAGAUCUCCAAAUGAUUUUAUAGUUUGACCCAAUGAUUCUUCUGGAUAUAUAUUUCUCUCUUCAAGAAUAAGUGCAAAGUCCAAAUCCUGCUCACUGGAAGAUAUUUUUAUUUUAAGAUCAUGGACCAUCUUACUAGGGAGAAAGAUGAAAGGCGAACCGGAAAAGGAAAUCCAACAAGAAGUUCACACAGUACCCGAGCAUCAAGUUCCACUUCAGCCUCUGGUGUUCUCAUGGUUGGGCCCAAUUUCAGAGUUGGCAAGAAGAUAGGCAGUGGAAAUUUCGGAGAGCUCAGGCUAGGCAAAAAUCUUUAUUCAAAUGAAUACGUAGCAAUCAAACUGGAGCCAUUAAAAUCUCGUGCCCCACAGCUGCAUUUAGAGUAUAGGUUUUAUAAACACAUUGGCUGCACAGUUGAAGGCUUCCCCCAGGUGUUUUACUAUGGGCCGUGUGGAAAGUACAAUGCCAUGGUGCUUGAGCUCCUUGGUCCAAGUUUGGAGGACUUAUUUGACCUUUGUGAUAGAACAUUCACUCUGAAGACAGUCUUAAUGAUAGCAAUCCAGCUGAUCUCUCGAAUGGAAUUUGUGCACUCCAAGAAUCUCAUUUAUCGAGAUGUCAAGCCAGAAAACUUCCUUAUUGGACGACAAGGAAAUAAGAAAGAACACAUCAUCCACAUAAUAGACUUUGGACUGGCCAAGGAGUACAUUGAUCCUGAAACCCAAAAACACAUACCUUACAGGGAGCACAAGAGUCUAACUGGAACAGCAAGAUAUAUGUCCAUCAACACCCAUCUCGGCAAAGAGCAAAGUCGUCGAGAUGACUUGGAAGCCCUUGGACAUAUGUUCAUGUAUUUCCUUCGAGGCAGUUUGCCCUGGCAAGGCCUUAAGGCUGAUACAUUAAAAGAGAGAUACCAGAAGAUUGGGGACACAAAGAGGAACACUCCAAUUGAUGUUCUCUGUGAGAACUUCCCAGAGGAGAUGGCAGCUUAUCUUCGUUAUGUCAGACGAUUAGACUUCUUCGAGAGACCAGACUAUGAUUAUCUACGAACAAUCUUCACAGAGUUAUUUGAAAAGAGAGGAUUCACCUUUGAUUACGCCUACGACUGGGUUGGCAGGCCAAUUCCCACUCCAGUGGGGUCCAUGCAUGUGGAGUCUGGACCAUCUGUAACAAGAGACAUCCAUGCACAUAGGGAUCGAUCAUCGAUGCAGCCUCUCCGAAAUCAGUCUGCAUCAGAACGUCGCGGAGAAUGGGAAAUGGCACCAAUGCGACAAUCCAAUGCUUUGUUUCUGCAAUCUCACUUAACUUCAGAUCGGCAUGGGGGAUCAGUACAGGUGGUAAACUCGACCAAUGGUGAGUUGAACACCGAUGAACCAACAGGAGCACCUUCCAAUGUACAAAUUGCAGCAUGUACUGAGGUGGAAGUAGUGGAGGAAGCUAAGUGCUGCUGCUUCUAUAAGAGGAAAAGGAAGAAGUCUUCCCAACGCCAGAAAUGACAGGCGUCUCCUUGAGGUCUUUGGGGGACUUUGUUUACCUGCUGUUCCUGCCACGUCUUAUUGAAUGGGGCUUCUCUUGGGGAGAGGACAAGAAACAAGGGACAUAUUAAACCAAAAAGAGAGGAAGGGGGAAAAAAUUCCAAAAUAAACAUUCAGGUGGAUUCCAUAAAUGGUCUCGCUUGCUCACUCCACGCUUGAAGCUCCUUUUGGAAUCGGGAUUGCAUCCUUUCCAGCACUCGUUGCCCUUGUUGGAAGGUUGGCUGGCUACCUUCCUGUCUGUACAGCAGUUCAGCAAAGAGGGCGUUCCUGGUGGAUGUGCUUUUGUUCCUGCUCCCUUUCUCUUUUGUUCUCGACAUGCUUUCCCCCCCUCCACCAACAGCGGGGGGCUUUAUGAACUGCGGGGUCAAGAUGGUGGUGAAGAGAGGAUGCUCUCAAGAGGACCCAGCUCCUCUUGCUGCGAACGGCUUAGUUUUGACUACACUGGCAGCUUAGACCUGAUCCUUCUUAAUCGCACUCCAACGAAUUCCAUGAUAGUAAGCCAAUGGCGAGAGAACUGCAAUCUACAUUUCCAGUUGCCUUGAUUUACUGGUUUCUGUGGCAUCUCCCUUCUCAGAAUGGUUACAGAGAAGUGUCAGUUGUUCUAAAGGAACUUACGUUGUUGCACUUUUAAUUAUUUUUAGCAUUAUGUAUGCGUAUGCUGUACUUGCGUGUUCCCCCCCCCCCCCCGUUGUGGGUGUGAAUGAUGCCAGCACACAUGUUCAGCUUGUAUUUGAGUGCAAAGCCUCCCUUUGACUUAGUCUGUCCACCACAUUUGGAAUCCCCUGGGACUAUUCAGGGGUUUUCAUACCCCACUGUUGGUUGUGCACUGAAGCUUACUUGAAUUUUCAGCUGCCCUUUCCAGCUGUCAGUGAACACCCCUCUUGUGGUUUUUCUCCAUGGUGCCUGACAUAACCUGCUUGGAAUUGGAAGUCUUUCUGCUGGCAGGAAGGAGAAAAGUCAGCUGGGCUGAAUUCUGGGCAGGUCACAGAAAUGCAAAUGCAGACUACUGUAACCGAAAGUGGAAAGGAUGAGGCAGUUUGGCCAUUUAAAGGGAGCAAAGCUAUUUCAUCAGCGAGAGGACACUGCCACUGCCUUAGAUGACAUAUUUUAUCAGGCCUUUUAGAAGUUCAAGGCCAUCUAUACAGACUAGAAUAGCAUGUGGCUUCCAGCAGAGCAGUCUGAGUAUUACCUAUGAUUCUUUCUGUUAUGCAGUCAGGGCUCCUUAUUAACAUGCCCCAGGCAAUUGGAUAACUUUGUUUUAUUCUGACUUUCCAAAUGGGAUUGGCCACUCUGCAUUCAGUGUGCUCCAAGGCAGAGAUUGUGAACUCCAGCAGAUCUUCUGUGGAUAUGGCUUGAGACAAAUAAUUGGAAAUUUAAGGGAGUUGGCCCCAAAGGCCAGGACAUACCAUGUGGCCUCUGCCUACUGCCUUGAAGUGAACUGAAAAUGUUUCCUUUUCAGAAAUUUGAUACCUGAAAUCUUGUGUCUCAUCUUCCCUAAUAGGUGGCACCACAAUGCUGUAGUUCAGACAGUAAUCCUUGGGGAGGGAGUUAUCUCAUGACCAUAACCCUCUUAACUUGUUGGGGAAAACUCUGGGAGCUCCUUGCCUACAGACAGAAGAAACCUGCUCAGGGAGAAGAAGCAACUCUCUCUGCAGUAACUCCUUUGGUUCCCAUCAAUUUCUUGAGUAUUCUUCUUAAUCUAAAAGCCUCAUUUUUAGCUUUGCUUGGCUGAGCUUUGGACUGCCUUCCUCUCCCUGGUUCCCCCAACACUACUUCAACCCUUGAGCCAAAAGGUAGACUUGUUUUUUGCUCAUGAACUAGAAAGUUGUGCAUCCAUUUUCUGAGUGUGGCCAAUUGCCUUUUUAUUGCAUUUAAGAUGCAGAUAAGAGGAGUGAACUCUUCACCAUCAGUCAUUGAUUAGAAGGGUUUGUUUUUUUAGAAGACCUUUAAAACUUCUCAGCCCAUUUCUCCUGACUACUAACACUCUCUUUAAAUGUUUCUAAGGCCACCUGCUAAAAUGAGCCUUGUUUCCCGUUCUUGGCAUGGGAGAUAUCAAAUAUGAGAUGUAAGAUUUCAUGAAAACUUGACCUUUGUGCUCCCAGCUGCACCACACGCACCUGUCCUUUUGCAGUCUAGUUCUCUUCCACUGAGGAGCAUCUUAGAAUUUGCAAAUGGAGGAAGCUACACAAUAAAGUUUUCCCCCAAAUUGUUUUUCUUUAGAAGUCUUCAUUAUUUUUAAUGUCUGAUGGUUGAAAUCCAUCUUGCUUUUGCUUCUCUGCUCCAUUGCUCAGGAGAUCUAGCUUCCUUCUGAAUGAAAAUAUUUGUAUGCAUAUAGGGAACAUGUGCUCUUGAAGCAGGUUAAUAUCCAGACUCGAUUUUGCAUUCUGGUCAAAUACUGAAGCUCUUCAGAAACCAAACUGUAAGAAAUGUCUCACAGUAGGGAUACUUGAGUAAAAGUCUGGAUUUAGUGGACUCAUGGUAAGGAGCAAGAGAAACUAACUUGGUCUGGGUUACUUGUAGGACCCUCUUCUACCGCAAGUGAACAUUUCAGUUGUUAAGCAUCUAUAUGGGAGAAUGUAUGCAAAGUGCUGGCCCGUUUUAUCAAAACAGUCUCCCAGUUUCCCAGUGCUUCCAUACAGUGUCUUCAUACCAGGGCUGUUUCUGCAGCCUCCCAUUUCCAAUGAAGCAACAUGGAGCCGGAGCCGCCUUCAAGUAUUCUUCUCCAUUUCUGAAAUGUGCUAAUUUUUUCCAGAAAAUAGUCAGUGGUAAAAAUAACUUUCUCCCCCUUCAUUCUUAACUAUUCAAUCUUAGCUGCUUUGAAGAGAAUACUAUGAUCAUCAAUAAUACUACAGCUAAUUACUACAGCCUUCUCUCUAAGCUUCCAGUUCUAAAUCGGCGCCAUCCUUUGCAAAACAAAGCUGAUGGUAUUGUCUUUGAUUAUUUUGAAUCAAACGGUCAGAAGCUAGUGAAUAGGAAUGAGUAAGAUUAUAUAGGUCUCCUUUCCCUCUCAUCACUGGAUGUGUGUCUUUCCCGUUAUUAAAGGCCAAAUCUGCUUAAUUGUGAGGAUUGCCUUCCUUCAAACCUGACUAGCUGGCCUCUAAUCUUCUCUGGGUCUCAGAGAGUAACAUGUCAGCAGAUAUUCUUUUAAAAAGACAUGGGUAGUUCUUCCAAGUGCUCAUUCAAAAUCUACCUUCAGUUUUGUCGCUUGGAAAGGCAAGUGUCUGUAAAAUGGACUAGUAAUCCUUUGUAGACCCCUCCACCCUCUUGAAUUUUAAAUAGUCAUGAUCAUGACUUUGCUACCAAACAGUUGCCUUUCUUUUUAGGGUGGAAGAAAUUAAAAUAGCUAAUCAGCAUUAGUCUCUAUAAAAGCAACUUUCUUGUGAUGUAAUUAUAUCACUCUGAAAAUUGCCAGUGGCAGAAUUAGAAAAUUCUUUUCCUUGAGGCUGGUUUGAAUUUCUUUCUCCCUUUCAAUUUUCAGCCUUAAUCUUAUAUUUUAAAACACACACCAUGAACUUAUCUUCAAAAACUAUUGCUUCCUGGGACGCUUAUUCUUCAAAAUGACCUGCCCAGUGCCCCUGUAGUCCAAAACAGGCAUGCAUGACUUAAAUCUUUCCACAUCUGUGGUUUAUAAUGACUUGCAGGAUGGAGGAACAAAAUGUGUAUUGCUCCUUGACGAAUGGAACUUGUAAGCUCUCCCAAGAGCUUUUAUGAGCGAUGCUUUGUGGAAGGUAAACUGCCAUGGUGAGCAUUUCUUUGUAUGUAGUCUGAAGAUGGUGUUGUAUUGCUGGGUGUGAACUGCCAAAUAUGCACCUCCCUAUAAAUACAAAGCCAUAAGCCCCGUUUUCUCAAAAUACUAAAGAUGGGGGAAGAGGGAAAAUAUGCUUUCUGCAUUGCUUAUCAGGCCUUAAAGGAAGUACCCAUUGUUUGGCUUGGAAGGCUAUUUUUCCCCAUUGGUUUUGAGCCUCACUGAUUGAGCUUCCUUUUCUUUUUUGCAGGUCUUGAUGUUGGCAUGAUGUGUAGCAGUUAAAGGGCCUAAGAAUGCCAGGCUACUUUGCUUGCCUUGGCAGUUCUCAGUGCCGUGUUUGUAUUAUGCAUAUCCCAGUAAGUGACUGGAAGGGAACUGAUUUCUCAAGCCUCCCUUAAUAGUUUAACUGCAGGUCUUGGGUGGGGUAGCUCUAGCCCUCUAGAUGUUGUUGGACUACAACUCCCAUAAUCCCUAAUCAUUGACCAUGCUGGCGGGGACCAACGGAUGCUGGAAUCCAACAACAUCUGGAGGGCCACAGGCUUCCUGUCUGUGCUGUAGAUGAACCACUAUAGGAAUUACUCUCUGCUGUGUGAAUGUCUGGAGGGGGUGCAGAUCUUUACUUCAGUAUUUGUUAUGCAGCAGGCCUUGGGUCUGAGGAUGAGCUGCAGCUUAGUCUGCAUGCUUUAUUACCAAACUUCUUAAUUGCGAGGAAACCUCAGUCUCUGACCGGGAUGCCCUUUCCUCAGCUUAGUGAUGUAGUAGGAACCUGCACUUCAGCACCUCAUGGGGAUUUCGUUCUGGAGUUGUUGCCCCAGAAUACUGCUCCUAUGGAGGGUGUGGUUUCUGAGAGGGACUGGGACACUCUUACAUUGAGCGCCUGGUUCCAGUGCCUGCUCUGAGUUCAGUAUCCUCCCCCCCCCCCCCGAAAUGACAGGUGCAUGCCAAUCAAACACAGGCAGGAAAAUGGCUUUAAAUAGCCUCUCUCAUCCUCUUAAGACUGUCUCAGGAAAAUGAUCACUUUUUCUAAGAAAUGCUUUUCCAAACCGCAUAACUGCUGCAUAACUGUAUAGGCUACCUUGUGGAACUUGGGAACAGGUUAAUCUUCUCCAGUUAGAAAAGCAACUUGAUAGUGAUAAGUCUGUCUUUGCGAUUACCAAGCAGAGAAGAGAAUUAUCAUUUGGGGGCAGGUGGACCAUACCAAAUAUUGUAUCUUCCCCAAACAGGGAAACCACAGUUAAGUGGCUUGUUCCCAUUGGAAAUUUUGUGAUGUAUAAUUUAUUAAGUCUGUUUCUUUAAUGUAGGCCUUUUGUGCUUUUAAAAAUGGGAUGAUUGGGAUAAUGAGUGCAACUCUUGUUACUGUAAAGAAAAAUCAGCUGUGAAAAAUCUUUUUUAAAGUAUUGUGUGCACAUGUCUGAUUCUUGUUGAAAUGCCUUUUGAUUUUUAAUCUUUUUAUUUUAAAUGUGUAAUGCAAUGUUUUAUUCAUAUAAUCCUGGCACUGCUCUUGGAACUUGGCAGUGAACAUGAAGCGUAGUAUUUUUUAACAUGAAUGUCAAUUUCAAAUGCAUUUGAAACGGUUCAGGAUAAGGGCUCACAAACACGAUGUGCAGGAGGCUCCUCUGGCGCUAGUUGGAUUUCACUUUGCCAGGAAUUGGGUCCUGCUACUGAUCUUUUCUGAUGUGCCUGUUUUUAAUGGGACAUUGCAAGAAAUGUUGUGUACCUUAAAUACCCCCCUUUCCCCUAUUUGCACCCUUUUAAUGUAAAAUAAAACAUCAAAUUUGCUCUGUUCA